UAAUAAUGUUGUGGUGGGGUUAUUGACUGACGUCUCUUAGUGGUCGGUGUAAAUUAACGUUUUAUAGUGUUUAUAUAUAGGGAGGUAUUUUUUUAAACUGAUGACAAUUAAAAGAUGGAUUGCGUAUUAAAAAAGACAAUGUCAAGCAAUAAUUCUAUGGCUCCUGCAAAAAUCCGUGGACCCGGUAGACCUCCCAAAAAGACAGUAUCUUGUACUUGGUGCAACGAAGGAAAACAACCCCUCAAAUAUGUGCUACCCACUACAAGCGGUAAAAAGGAAUUCUGUUCCGAGACAUGCUUGGCAGAAUUCAGAAAAGCUUACAUGAAGGGUGCCUGCCUAAACUGCGACAAUGUCAUUCGAGCAAACAGCAGUGGAAACAAGGAUUACUGUUCAACUUAUUGUAUGAAUAAGCAUCAAAAGAAGUCUGAGGUAAACAGUAAAAUUGCUUCUGUAGCUCCUACUACAGCAGGCCAUUUCAUUGAAAGUUCUUUUGAUACGUUUCAGUAUGAAACCUAUCAGGCGUUUAACUGGGAUGAAUAUUUGAAGCAGACAAAUAGUUCUCCUGCACCUCUUGAUUGUUUCAAACAAGCAGUGAAUCCCCCACAGAAUGAUUUCAAAGUGGGAAUGAAACUGGAAGCAUUGGAUCCCCGCAAUGUAACUUCUACUUGCAUAGCCACUGUGAUUAGUGUCUUAGGACCAAGACUUCGUUUAAGAUUAGAUGGUAGUGACAAUAAGAAUGAUUUUUGGAGAUUGGUGGAUUCAAGUGAAAUUCAUCCAAUCGGUCAUUGUGAAAAGUCUGGGGGCAUGCUGCAGCCACCUCUUGGGUUCAGAAUGAAUGCAAGUUCAUGGCCAAUGUUUUUGUUGAAAACAUUGAACGGGGCUGAAAUGGCCCCUUCAAAGAUAUUCCAGUCGGAACCCUCCGGUCCCAGGACGAAUCUUUUCCAAGUGGGGCAAAAAUUGGAGGCCGUAGAUAAGAAAAAUCCUCAGCUGAUUUGCUGUGCAACAGUUGGAGCCAUCAAGCAAGAUCAAAUUCACGUCACAUUCGACGGUUGGAGGGGCGCCUUCGACUACUGGUGCCGCUACGACAGUCGCGACAUAUUUCCUGUAGGCUGGUCGGCAAAAAGCGGUCACCCUUUACAACCACCGGGUCAGAAAAACAGCACAGGUUCUAACAGAUUCAAGAUACGCACCUUCUCCCUGCCCUCGACGACUACUCCCGCCUCUGCCACGACUAAUAACACAGUGAGUACAACGAUUGAUGUCCAGUCUCCAGAAGCGGACACAUCAGCCCCACCUCCGCCUCCGAUCGUGGUUCAUCUACGCAAGAGUUGCAUGGGAGGACCUUUGAUAGACUCUUCUCUGUUGCCAUUGAUAAUAGAAGACACCAGUCCCGUCGAUUUGGCCAAGAAGCUUGUCGUUGAAUUGCUGGGGGCUUCUAAUAAGCCGGACGUUGUCCUAGCACGAUUGGGCAGUCUCCAGGGCGAAGAGAUGGUAGUUACGCACGAGGGUACUUCGUAUACCAUUAAAUUACCGGGUUUGCAAAAGGCAAGCGACCUGGAAGGUGUUUUUACCGCUUUAGUGACGAGUUUGGGAUGCUGUUCGCAACUUUUUGCUCUAGAACAUAUAAAAAGGGAGUGUGUGAUGUGUGACAACAGGCCGCCUCCUACAAAGCGCAAGACGCCGGCAGAACAAGAAGCUGCCACGUCUACCACCCCUACUGACACCCCUCUAAGCGAUUCACCAGUGUCGUCGCUAAAUAAGACUCCGCCACAAGAAUGGGGCAUCGAGGAGGUGAUUCAGUUUAUCGAAUCCGCAGAUCCCUGUCUUGGAGUCCACGCAGAUCUCUUCAGGAAACACGAAAUUGAUGGAAAAGCACUCUUGCUUCUCACACCCGAUACCAUGAUGAGGUACAUGGGUCUGAAAUUGGGCCCUGCUUUGAAAAUUUGCAACCUGGUGCAACGGAUUAAAGGUAGACGACAUUCGAUGUAGUUUUUUGUUAAUAAGACGUAAGAAAACGGGGCCGUACUUUACUCUUAUGGCGCGUAUGGGGAUCUGAAAUGUGGU